AAUAAAAAAAAAAUGGGAGAAAAAAAAGAAGAAAAGCUUUAACCCUUUAAAAUGGCUGAUCGUGUCGAGACAGCAACAACACACUUGUCGUCUCGCCCAGCAGCUUCUCUGGUCUGUUCGCAGUAGUAGCGAAUCUAAAUUCCUCGAGAAAUUUAAUUAGAAGCGAUUUAGAGUGAACCAACACAAAGGAAAAAUGGGAACUCACAUAAAUUUCAACAACUUAGGAGGAGGUGGUGAUCCUGGUGGGGAAGGAUUUAACCAGAUGAAGCCAACAGAUAGUGCCUAUCCCUUGGCGAGACAGUCUUCCCUUUAUUCCCUAACGUUUGAUGAGCUCCAGACCACACUACUAGGUGGACCGGGAAAAGAUCUCGGGUCGAUGAACAUGGAUGAACUCUUGAAGAGCAUAUGGACUGCUGAAGAAUCUCAGGCCAUGGCCAUGACCAUGACUUCUUCAGCUCAGGCUACAGCAGUAACACAGCAACCCGGUGGUGGUGGUGGUGGUGGGAAUCUCCAGAGGCAAGGCUCGUUGACAUUGCCUAGAACAAUUAGUCAGAAGACUGUUGAUGAGGUCUGGAAAUUUUUGAUCACCAAAGACGAGGGAGGUAGCAGUGGAGGAGGCGGUGGCGAGUCUAAUGCGCCUCAGAGGCAACAGACUUUAGGGGAAAUGACACUUGAGGAGUUUCUGUUCCGCGCUGGAGUGGUAAGAGAAGAUAACAACUCUUCACAGCAGAUGGGUCAGGUUGGAAACAACAACAACAGCAACGGGUUUUAUGGUAACAACGGAGCUCCUGUGGGAUUAGGCUUUGAGUUUGGUCAGCAAAAUCACAACAGCAUAUCAUUCAACAAUGGUGCUAAUGAUUCUAUGAUCUUGAAUCAGCCACCUGGUUUAGGCCUCAAAGUGGGCGGGACAAUGCAGCAGCAGCAGCAGCUGAAUCAGCCACAUCCACAGCAGCAGCGAGUGCCUCAAAUCAUCUUUCCAAAACAAGCAAAUUUUGCAUUUGCUGCGCCUGGGGUUACUGCUGCAGCAACGUCUCCAGGGACAAGCAGCGCAGAAAACAACUCUCUGUCGCCGGUUGAUUAUGUGCUUAAUCGAGGAAGAAGAAGUAAUACGGGUCUAGAGAAGGUUAUCGAGAGGAGGCAAAGGAGAAUGAUCAAGAACCGAGAAUCAGCUGCUAGAUCAAGAGCUCGAAAGCAGGCUUAUACCUUGGAACUGGAAGCUGAAAUUGAAAAGCUCAAGAAAGCGAAUCAAGAACUGCGGAGAAAACAGGCUGAAAUGGUGGAAAUGCAGAAGAAUGAGCAGCUGAAGGAAUCCUCGAAGAAACCGUGGGGCAGCAAAAGGCAAUGUUUGAGAAGGACACUAACCGGUCCAUGGUAAUAUCAGAACGAACCAAUCAAACCAGACACCACUUGGCAUGGAUUAUUAAAUGUAAUAGGAGAUAGUGCUACCUGUACAGGAGAUUUAUUGAGCGAAAUCUAGGUUACAGUGUAGAAGAAGUUUUCAUUAUGCAUAUCAAAACAUAUUUUGUUCAUUGGCCUUCAUUAGUAUAUGUUAAGAUGAUAAUCCUCUCUUUGUGUUUUCUAGUUUAUAAAAGACAUAGUUGUUUAUAUAUUA